GCUCUUCUCGCUCGCCCUCCAUCCCUGCUCCUGCACCGGUCUGCAUCUCCCAGCAGAAGGCGCAGCCAUGAAUCCGUUAUUCGGCCCCAAUCUCUUCCUCCUACAGCAGGAGCAGCAGGGCCUGGCCGGGCCGCUGGGGGACCCACUGGGAGGCGACCACUUCGCCGGGGGAGGAGACUUGCCCCCGGCGCCUCUUCCGCCUGCCGGCCCUGCCGCCUACUCGCCACCCGGGCCCGGCCCGGCCCCGCCUGCCGCCAUGGCCCUCCGCAAUGACCUGGGCUCCAACAUCAACGUGCUCAAGACCCUGAACCUCCGGUUCCGCUGCUUCCUGGCCAAGGUGCACGAGCUGGAGCGCCGGAACCGGCUGCUGGAGAAGCAGCUGCAGCAAGCGCUGGAGGAGGGUAAGCAGGGCCGGCGGGGCCUGGGUCGCCGCGACCAGGCCGUGCAGACCGGCUUCGUCAGCCCCAUCCGGCCCCUGGGGCUGCCGCUGGGCGCCCGGCCGGCCGCCGUCUGCAGCCCGUCUGCGCGGGUGCUGGGCUCGCCCGCGCGCUCGCCGGCCGGCCCCCUCGCCCCCUCCGCGGCCAGCCUCUCGUCGUCCUCUACCUCCACCUCCACCGCCUACUCCUCAUCGGCCCGCUUCAUGCCGGGCACCAUCUGGUCCUUCUCGCACGCCCGCCGGCUCGGGCCGGGACUGGAGCCCACUCUGGUACAAGGACCUGGCUUGUCAUGGGUGCACCCGGAUGGGGUGGGCGUCCAGAUCGACACCAUCACCCCCGAGAUCCGCGCACUCUACAACGUGCUGGCCAAAGUGAAACGGGAGCGGGACGAGUACAAGCGGAGGUGGGAAGAGGAGUACACGGUGCGGAUCCAGCUGCAAGAUCGUGUCAAUGAGCUCCAGGAGGAAGCCCAGGAGGCUGAUGCCUGCCAGGAGGAGCUGGCACUGAAGGUGGAACAGUUGAAGGCUGAGCUGGUGGUCUUCAAGGGGCUCAUGAGUAACAACCUGUCGGAGCUGGAUACCAAGAUCCAGGAGAAAGCCAUGAAGGUGGAUAUGGACAUCUGCCGUCGCAUCGACAUCACCGCCAAGCUCUGCGACGUGGCUCAGCAGCGCAACUGUGAGGACAUGAUCCAGAUGUUCCAGAAGAAGCUGUCUCUGCACUUGUCUCCCAUUAAGGUCCCAUCCAUGGGGGGGCGGAAGCGGGAGCGCAAGGCUGCCGUCGAGGAGGACACCUCCCUGUCGGAGAGUGAGGGGCCCCGCCAGCCCGAUGGGGAUGAGGAGGAGAGCACAGCCCUCAGCAUCAACGAGGAGGUGCAGCGCAUGCUCAGCCAGCUGAGGGAGUAUGAUUUUGAGGACGACUGUGACAGCCUGACUUGGGAGGAGACUGAGGAGACCCUGCUGCUUUGGGAGGAUUUCUCAGGCUAUGCCAUGGCAGCUGCAGAGGCCCAGGGAGAGCAGCAGGAAGACAGCCUGGAGAAGGUGAUUAAAGAUACGGAGUCCUUGUUCAAAACCCGGGAGAAGGAGUAUCAGGAGACCAUUGACCAGAUAGAGCUGGAGCUGGCCACGGCCAAGAAUGACAUGAACCGGCACCUGCACGAGUACAUGGAGAUGUGCAGCAUGAAGCGCGGCCUGGACGUGCAGAUGGAGACCUGCCGCCGGCUCAUCACCCAGUCCGGAGACCGAAAGUCUCCUGCUUUCUCUGCGGUCCCGCUUAGCGACCCGCCGCCGCCGCCGCCAAGCGAGACUGAGGACUCAGACCGUGAUGUCUCAUCUGAUAGCUCCCUGAGAUAGAGACCUGACUCCCCCUUGCACGCCUCGGCCCGAGAUCCUCGCAGCUGGAAGCUCAGCAAGGCAGAGGGCGGGGCUGCACAGAGGGGAGCAUCACUUGCACCACUGCACGAGGCCUGGCCCCUGGGGACUGGGGCGCUCCUCCCUCGGGCUUCCUCCUUGGUCUUGGCUUUUCCUGGGCUCUGGGGUGUCGAGCUAGGCUUGGCCCUGCCCUUCCGGAGCCAUUUCCACCACAGUUGGGGCUCUCCUGCCUUCAUGUGUGGGUGUCUGCUACUUUCCCAUCUUUAAAAUGCUGCCAGAGCCAUUACAGCCCCUCACCUUGUCCACGUGUCAGGAGCGUGAAUGUAGGACCUUUCCUCCAUCGCUGUUGUCUGGAGCCGGCUCACUGUCUUCUGCACUGGUGCUAACCGGCCCAGGCAUGGUGGAAUGAAUGCUGCUGGAGGCGUGGCCACUGCAGCACACACAGUUGGAGAGGGCUUCCGUCCCUGUUAGUGUGGAGGGCAUCGGGGCUGGCCGGGGCACCCUGUCCCUGCUGUGGUUCACGUGCUCAUGCUGGCCACCUGCCAGGUGGAAUAUAUGUGGCUGUAGCCCUCUCGUGGAGGUGCCAUGCUUUAAAGAGGCCUUAGUGCCCGGGUUGGGCACAAUAUCUUGAAGGGAGGUGGGAGCUCUUGCUCUCCGGUCACUGCAGAAUGACAGAGAAGGCGAAGCUCUCGUGCAUGCAUGUGCGUGCGCACGCUGGCUUAGGGUCUCAGUUUCUUUUAAGUAUCAGCUAAAGAUGUGCCUCCUCUGUGUCUGUCAUACACUGAGGCCAACAGGCUAAGGUGUUCUUGACUCUUGGAAAAGCCUGCAGAAACUGGGGAGAUGUGAUUCAUAACGCCUCCAUAUAGGAGGCUGUGCUGACAUUUGAAUGGAUUCUUUAAUAAUAAUGAAACUGGAGAGUA